GCAUAAUGACUGGUUUGUAUUGAAUGUUUCCGCAUCUGCGUUCCCCUUCUCGUCGCUGAUGAAAUACAGCUGUAUUCAAUCUCAUCAGUAUCUGCACCCAAGAGAGGCUGGGUUUGGGAAACGCUGGCAGAUCAGCUGGAGUUGGAAUUUAAAUGCGCGUUUGGACGAGGGGCGGUCGAGAGUGCGCAACAACAGCGGAGCUGAGAUGCUUUAAUUAAAAACGGGGUGCAAAAAGAGGCUGUAAUGGAACUCGUAACCAAUGUUGUGGCCACUGUCGGUGGUCUCGUUACCGGUGUAAUGAAUUUCUUCACUGACAGAUUUCUUACACCGCCGCUGGAAGCAACUCUCAAAUAUUUAGAGGAGGCUGAACUCAAGACCACGAAGGGAGAAAUAAAGACGUUCAAAGCCAAAUCUCUGUGGGAAAAGUCAGGAGCUGUUAUGAUGGCAGUCCGGCGUCCUGGAUGAUUUUUGUGCAGAGAGGAAGCUGCAGAGCUGUCCUCUCUGAAACCCCAGCUGGAUGAGCUUGGGGUUCCUCUGUACGCUGUUGUAAAGGAAGAUGUCGGCACAGAGGUCAAGAACUUCAGGCCAUACUUUCAGGGGGAAGUCUUCUUGGAUGAAAAGAGACGUUUUUAUGGGCCUCGUGAGCGGAAGUUGGGUCUCCUGGCAUUCCUGCGUGUUGGAGUGUGGAUGAAUGGCGUAAGGGCUUUCAGGAAUGGCUUUGUGGGAAAUGUUCUCGGAGAGGGUUUUGUCCUUGGUGGGGUCUUUGUCAUCGGGCAAGGACAGCAGGGAAUACUUUUGGAACACAGAGAGAUUGAGUUUGGAGAUAAAGUAAACAUUGAAGAUGUCCUCCAAGCUGUCAGAAAAAUACCACAGGAACUACAGUCUUUGGAGAAGAAAUAAUUCUUUGUAUUACUCGUGUUUUUGAACAUUUAAAAAUUAUUAACAAUUAAACACCUUUCAGAUAACAUAAAAUCUACAGCAUUGUCUAAAUAUAUGGUAUAGACAAAUUUUUCUUUUAAAUGAGGAAAUUUGUACAUUUGAUAGUUUGCCUGUCUCUUUAAGAUAAGGAUGCAUUUUGCAGUAUGACUGUUUUUAAGAGUCUGAGUGUGUUAAUGAUGGCCUGUCUUUAAACUCUAUAGAAGAAGCAGACCUGAUGCUUAAUGCUCAUUUUCUUAAAACUCUGAUACCACUAUGCUGUCCUGGAAGUAAUGAGGCUAAUCUUUUGAACAAUAAAACACGUUUCGGUGCUCGGCA